GUCAUAACGACUCUCAACUGCAUUGUUGUUGGGGGAAGAGAAGCUCGGGCAGCCGCCGAGGUCUGCUACUUCUAUCAACCUCUGAACCCUCGUAUCGGUCGAUAUUCACCCUAGCUGAAGUAUAACACCUUAAACCGCCUCCGUCGCCCUGGAUACCCGUCGGUCACUUUCAGAUUUCACACGGUUCGUUCAGUGCGAGCCGCGGCCAUUGGAGGAGCUGACUGAAUGUGGAAUUAGCUGCCGCUGUGCUCCGCAGGCCGCGCCGCCAUUGCUCCUGUUUUUAUAAGCUGAUUUCUGGAAAACACCUAGGGUCCUAACGGUUUGAAUAUGAGGAAAAAAGGUCGACAACAACGCCCGACAGUCUUGAAGCGAGAGUCUUCACCCAUCAAGCCGUCACCAAACCGGGAGACAUUGACGUAUGCGCAGGCUCAGCGCAUGGUGGAGCUGGAGGUGGAUGGACGUGUGCACCGAAUCAGCAUCUAUGACAAGCUGGAUGUUAUCACCGAUGAUGACCCCACAGCUCAGGAGAUUAUGGAAUGCAACAGCAACAAGGAGAACAAUGAAAAACCCCAGCAGGUCCUGGUGCGCUCUGUGCGCCUCAAAAACAACCAACAGAAAAAGAAUGCAGCACUCAUAGCCUCUCAAGGUGCCACUGGCACCCAUGGGAAUGCAAGUGGUCUGCUGGAGCCAAAAGUCAGGACGGUUGAGUACAAUCUGCCGGUGGUGCCGAAGAGGCCAGUGGCAUACUACAAAUAUACUGAAAGGACAGCAGAAGAACUGGAUGAGGAGGUGGAGUACGACAUGGAUGAGGAGGACUUCGCUUGGCUGGAAUUCAUGAAUGAAAAGAGGAAGAGUGAGGGCAUUAGCCAAGUGUCGCACAACCUUUUUGAAUUCCUCAUGGAUCGCUUCGAGAAGGAGUCAUACUUGGCCACGUUAGGCCGGAGUGACCUGCAGUCGUUGGUGGAUGAGGAUGCUGUUUGUUGCAUCUGCAUGGAUGGAGAUGGAGCAGAUAGCAACAUCAUCCUCUUCUGUGACUCAUGUAACAUUGCAGUUCACCAGGAGUGUUACGGUGUGCCAUACAUCCCUGAGGGUCAGUGGCUGUGCCGCCAUUGUCUACAGUGUCCAUCACGGCCUGCCGAGUGUGUCUUCUGUCCAAAUCGUGGUGGAGCCCUGAAGAAGACGGAUGAUGACCGCUGGGGCCAUGUGGCGUGUGCCCUGUGGGUGCCAGAGGUUGGCUUCUCUGAUACGGUUUUUAUUGAGCCGAUUGAUGGCGUCAGUAACAUCCCACCUGCACGCUGGAGGCUCACCUGUUACCUGUGUAAGGAGAAGGGCAUUGGUGCAUGUAUCCAGUGUGACAAGAUCAACUGUUACACAGCCUUUCAUGUCAGCUGUGCCCAGAAGGCUGGCCUCUACAUGAAAAUGGACCCUGUAAAAGAGGUGACUGAGUCAGGUGGCACCACCUUUUCUGUGAAAAAGACGGCCUAUUGCUGUGCCCACACGCCAGAAGGAUGUGACCGCCGGCCACUUAAUAUCUAUGAGGAACCACAUCCAAAAAAUGGAGCCUGCCACAAAAGGAAUGAAAAGAGAGCAAAGGCCCGGGCAAAAGGGUGGGCAAAGAAAAAGACCAAACGAGUUGAGCCAGAACCAGAGCCAGAACCUGAAACCCCAACUAACUCUGGACCAAGUAUCACUGCUUCAAGUUUCAACACCAUCCUGAACCAGGUGGCAGUCCAGAGGAAACGCCCGUUUGUCGAGCGGGUACUAAGCUACUGGGUGCUGAAGAGGCAGUCUAGGAACAAUGUGCCACUUAUCCGACGGCUACAGUCCAACCCCCAGCCACCAAAAUCCAAUCAGAUGGAGCACCGAGCAGAGACAAACCAGGCGCUAAAGGAGCAACUUAAGGAAUGGCAUCGCCUCCGCCAUGACCUAGAGAGAGCCCGCCUACUCCUGGAGCUCAUCAGGAAGAGGGAGAAGCUGAAAAGGGAGGAGAUGAAGCUGCAGCAGUCGGUCCUGGAGGCCCAGCUGACCCCGUUCAACAUCCUCCUGAGAGCUGUGCUCAGUCAGCUACAAGAGAAGGACCAAUACAGCAUCUUUGCUCAGCCCGUUAGCGUCAAAGAGGUUCCAGACUAUCUGGACCACAUCAAGACCCCUAUGGACUUCUCCACCAUGAGGAAACGUAUAGAUGCUCAUGGCUACCAAAGCCUGGGGGAGUUUGAGGCUGAUUUCAACCUCAUCAUCACAAACUGCAUGACAUACAAUGCCAAGGACACAUUCUUCUACAAGGCUGCGCUGCGAAUGCAAGACCACGGUGGAGUCAUCCUGCGAAGGGCCCGCAGGGAAGCUGAAAGGAUCGGGUUUGACUUCCCCAGUGGAUUGCACCUGCCCGAAGCGCCGAAGAUUGAAGCUCUGCCCCCUUUUACCUGGGAAGACGUGGACCGUCUGCUGACCCCCUCCUACCGUCAGAUGACCCCUCUGGAGGAGCAGCUGAAGGAGCUGUUGGAGAAGUUGGACCGAAGCACGGCCAUGAAGCACAGCCCGUCUCGCAGCAAGAGGCUCAAGUUGCUAAAGAAAACCAUCAUGGAGGUCCGCAGUGAAAUAAGCCUGAAGAAGACCCUCCCAUCACCAUCUGUCUCCCAGGACCCUGGCCCUCUGCUUGUCAAGUCAGAGGAAAAAUCACUACCUGAACCUCCGGCAGUGCCCCACACAAAGGAGGAGAAGUCUUUACUGUCACCAGCAUUAGAAACAUUACCUUCAUCGCCGCAGCUCCAUAGUUCAUCUAGUGUGUCUGACCCACCCGCCUUGAAACCCAUCACACCCACCGUAGAUGAAUCUCCCAUGGAGCUUGAUGGCGGCAUCGACACAUCUACCUCACUGCCUCAUGAUGCCCCCAAUGGGCAUCUUCCAGAUCAGCUGCUCCCAAAUGCUGACCUCCACACUGAACCCUCUGAUGCUGGCAAUCGACGGACCAACAUUCUCUUCCGUAAGUCCAAAAGCGCCAGUCCACAGAAACCACCUAAAGUAGCAGAGGCACCUGCCGGUUCACCACCCCCGCUGGGUGCCAAAACCUUCCUGUCAGUAGUGAUCCCUCGUCUGGAGACCCUCCUCCUGCCAAAGAAAAGAACCCGCCGCAGCAGUGCAGACAGCGAGGAUAAUGACGAGACACCCAUUAAACGUCUAGGCACAGGAAUCAUGAAUGGUUUUGUGGUGGAGGAGGAGGAAUCAUCAAUGCCUACUCGUACUCUAGAGCCUCGACGCCGCUGCGCAUCUGAGUCAAGUAUUUCCUCCAGUGGGGAUGUCCUCUGUGGUACCAGCACGAAUGUGGUUUCUAAAAGCAGUAAGGGGCGGCCCGCUGCAGCUCGUAGGAGCACCGUGGAUGAUAAAAGCUCUCUUAUCAGCUGCAUGGAGAACGGAGAGUUCACCAAAGCUGCCAAGGUGUCUUCAGCUGUGUGGAAGCCUUCAGACACCUCUGCAUUUGUUCUGGAGCCUCUUAAACUAGUUUGGGCUAAGUGUAGUGGAUAUCCCUCCUUCCCUGCCCUGAUCAUGGAGCCCACACUGCGGAGGAUCCACAGCGGGGUGGAUCUUCCCAGGCCGCCGCGGGACGUUCUCAGAGCCGGAGAGCGGAUGCAGUUCAGGUCCGAAGAGAAACUCUUCCUCGUCCACUUCUUCGACAGCAGACGCAGCUGGCAAUGGCUUCCUAAAUCCAAGAUGGCUCCAUUUGGGAUCUAUCCGUCUCUGGACAGACUAAAGCUGAUGGAGUCGUGCUCCCCCUUCCAUAGAAAAGCUGUGCGGCUCGCCUUCGAUCAGGCCAUGGACCACUUGAGCCGCGUCUGUGGCAAGCCCAUGCCGAGUAAUGCCUCGGUCCUUACAGACUGAACUCCCUCCCUCCCAUCAUCCAUCUGUCUUCUUUGUUUUCAGUUGUUUGUUUCGAAAACCGAAUGCCGCAGAGACGCACAAGCACACACUCGUCAUGUUUACCAUUUCCUGUCGACUGGAGCCGGGUUGCUUUCAUGCCACAUCUGUCCUAAACACUGUAGCUUGAGACGGUCACCUUGUUUUGUCCAAGAGCUAUGCAACGAAAACAACACAGUUAGCGGGUGAAAAAAAAAAUCCAACCUGGGCUGUGAGGACCGAAAUGACGGGUCUAAACCUGAUGAAUGUGUCAGAGGUUGACCUCUGACCUCUUUUAAUGUGCUGCAAGACUGCUGCAACAAUCUCACUGCCAUAGUGCGUCCAUCAGUGUGUGUAUGUGCUGCAGCAGCUCCUGUAAAUACAAGGCCUGACACUAAUUUAUUCCUUUUUUUUUUUUUUUUUCAGCUGUUCAUCACAUAUUUAUAUGGUGGGAGGUGUGGGUGUUUCUGCUGGUGCUAUCUCCACAGAGAGACAAACUAAACUAACCUGCAUACUGUUUUUAUUUCACCUCCUUUUUUUACCGUUUUUGUAACUUAUUGAGUUGUCAGCUUCAAGUUCUCUUUGGCAUUAUUUUUUUUUUUGUUUGCGUGUGUGUGUGUGUGUUUAUUUUUUUUACUGAAUGUUUUUACAGGACUUCUUUAAUUUUUGUUUGUACAUAUUUAUAUAAAAUCUAUAUAGAAGUUUCAAAGUUUAAAAUGCCUGAAGUGCAUCAUUCAUACCGAAACCAAAAAAUCUGCUGCCCACAAGUUUUCCACUAAUGUGUUUUUUUUUUAACCAUCUUUUUUUAAGGGGUUGCGCCUUUCUCUGUGUGUUUGUGUGCUGUGGUGAGUUCAAGUGUCUUCUGUAAAACGUCACAUGGUCAUCUUUUCCACAUGAACAACAGUCAGCUGCAGGAGAGAAGAGAACGUGCCUGAACUAAUUUAUUGUAAAGCAGAAAUUGUUUAUGCAUCACUUUAUAGAGAGUAUGUAAGAAAAUACUACGGGCACAGUGGGGGCCCUCCUUAGGAGCCCCUCCUCUUCUUCUGUUGUUUUGUGAGGUUUUUAAUUUUUUUCUUUUUUAUUUUUCGAUUGAUAGCAUUAAUCUGAACGGUGAGGUGGUAGUGUUUGUUCUGUUUCUGUUUCUUUUGUUGGGGUAGUGUUGGCUGGACUUUGUGUUGUCUCAGCCCUCUGGAUGACAUUGUGUGUAAAUACAUUUGGUACUUUAGCUGAUUCUCUGGGAAAAAACCACAGUUAUAGCCAACGGGAGAUGCUGGGAUUUUUUAUACUAAAACACUGAAAAAUUAAAAUAUGUUAUUGAAUCACUGA